AUGGGGGUUAUAGGACAACGCUCUUGUUUCCAACAAGCCGAUUCAGACGAAAGCUUUCAUCUUGGUGUUACCAAGGCAACAUUUGGCCUACUGGUUUUGACGACCUAUGGCCGUUGCUGGACUAGUGCAAUGCUUCCAUCCAGUCUAGCUUCAAGAAGAGGUACUUCGAGAGUCACAGCCAAUGUACAUGUCGGUGAACCGCCUUUCAGACCUGCAUAUGGCUUCGAACCAGCAUCACCAUUGGGACCUCGAGCCAUAGAGGGGGAGGCAGUUCCUGGGCUGCAGCUAUGGCUUUCACGGAUGGGGCUUGAGGAGCACUUGCCAGCAGCGAAUGAGUGGUGCCAAGAAAUGGGUGCCUCAGUCCUGGAAGAAGUCAUCGAUGAUUUGGAUGACUUCACCGAGGCCUUGGACAUUCCGGAAGGGGACACUGACACUUUGAAGAAGCGGGGCCGAGUUUCCUUUUCGAACUUGCUCCAGCGUGGAGAGAUUCCCGAGCAGAAAGCUGUCGUGGAGGCAGUCGAGGAGUUCAAGGCAUCUGGCCGAACCUUCAUCAAGAGGACUUCACAGACGCAAGACUCUUGA